AUGGAACAUGGGAACAAACAAAGUUUUGAAUUUGGCAUAUGGAAACUCAUUUUCAAAAGUAUAACAGUACACGUAGUUGGUUUAUACAGACCCCCAUCCCUAGCCACAUGUGAGCAAUUUGUAACUGACUUUUCAAAUUUCAUAGAAGAUAUCUUACCUACAUACUCUAACUUGUUGAUUAUGGGAGACUUCAACCUUCACCUUGACAAUGGUAGUUGUGCAUCUACAAACUUUCAAAAUUGCCUUCAUGCUAUGGGUUUAGAGCAACAUGUCAACUUUAGUACACACACUGCUGGAAACUGUUUAGACUUGGUUAUCACUGAAUCGGUUAAUGGUGUAUGUGUACUUAAAUGUGAACAAGGACCUUAUCUCUCCGAUCACUGUGCUGUCCAUGUAGUCAUUAAUGUGAAGAAAGAAAACAUUACCAGUAAAACUGUACAAUUUAGAAACUGGAAAAGCAUAUCCCAUUCUGAAUUCUCUGAUGAUUUAACGAAGAUUUCAGUUGAUAGUGAAGAUGUCAAUACUUUUGUAAACUUGUUUGAAUCAGAAAUCCAAUCUGUUAUCGACAAACAUGCUCCAACAAAGGAACAAACUAGGGUAUGCAGAACUCAAAAACCUUGGUUAAAUGAGUCAAUAUUGGAAUCUAAGCGUAUUGUCCGGAAAAAAGAGAGAAUUUGGAGAAAGUACAAAGAGCCAGAAAAGUUCAAGAAAUUUAAAGAAGCACGGAAUAGAUACUGUAAAGAAUUUGAUUCUGAGAAAAAACUAGUAAUAAGUGAAAAAAUUCUAAAUGCAAAAGGUACUAAAGCUGAAAAUCCUAUGCCACAGUCUACAAAUGACGGUGAGCUAGCUGAGAAGUUUGCAGACUUUUUUAUUGAAAAAAUAGCUAAAAUUCGUAAAUCACUUCAGGAUUUUCCAAGCUUCAUUCCAAAUGUCAAACAAAUUCAACCUUUAGAAAAUUUCGAGGAUCUUACAGAAACACAGGUGAAGAGCCUUAUUUGUGAACUAAAUACCAAAUCGUGUGAGCUGGACUUAAUACCCACACAUAUAUUAAAGUCACAUCUAGAUGAGCUUCUGCCAACCAUUACCAAACUUGUCAAUCUAUCUCUGUCUAAAGGCGUAUUUCCAACACACUGGAAACAGGCGAUCGUUAGACCCCUUCUUAAGAAGUCUGGUUUAGAAUUACAAUUGUCAAACUACAGGCCUGUCAGUAACUUAUCGUUUCUUUCAAAAUUGAUAGAAAAGGCUGCGCUCUUCAGACUAAAUAACCAUGUCGAUACCCAUAAUUUGUUACCUAAAAAUCAAUCAGCAUACAGGCGUCAUCAUUCAUGUGAGACUGCUUUACUCAGACUUGUCAAUGAUCUUCUAGACGGUAUGGAGAAGCAAGAGGUCACAGCUCUAAUUGCAAUAGAUCUUAGUGCAGCUUUCGACACCGUUGACCACAACAUUCUACUCGAAGUGUUACACAGUCAGUACGGUGUCAAUGGUACUGUGUUAGCUUGGGUGGACUCGUACCUGCGACCUCGUAGUUGUCGCGUCAGUGUUAAUUCUACUGAAUCGACUCCACGAUUGCUGGAAUGCAAUGAACCUCGGGGGAGCUGUCUUGGUCCGUGGCUCUAUCUCACAUAUGCGGGAACCCUAUUUGAUGUGAUACCACCAUCCAUAUCUGUCAAGAAAUCUCCAGUUGUCGAAUUUCCUGAUACUGAUUACGGAGUCUGA